UCGGCUGCGACGAGUUUGGACCUGUCAUCUGCAUUGGCAUAUUUCGGUUGACAUGAGUGCUCCCACGAAAGCCGACGAGGCGCUGACUGUUGAUGGUGUUGUGGAAGGCAGCGAGCUGAUGCAGCUCCAAUGCCGCUUCUACGAGAGUCGCUUCCCUGAAAUCGAUGAGCUCGUCAUGGUGAACGUGCGCAGCAUUGCCGAAAUGGGCGCGUAUGUGUCGUUGCUCGAAUACAACAACAUCGAAGGGAUGAUCCUGCUCAGUGAAUUGAGUCGGCGGCGCAUCCGCAGUAUCAACAAGUUGGUUCGCGUCGGCAAGAACGAAGUCGUCAUGGUGCUCCGUGUGGACAAGGAAAAGGGCUACAUCGAUUUGAGCAAACGCCGUGUGUCUCCCGAGGACAUCAUCAAGUGCGAAGAACGAUACAACAAAGCCAAGACCGUCCACGGCGUGUUGCGUCAAGUCGCGCAAGACACAGGUCUCGAACUGAACGAUCUGUACGAGAAGAUUGGCUGGCCCUUGUACAAAAAGUUCAAGAUGGAGCAGCCUUUGGGUGGCGAUGACGAAAAGAAGGUCGAAUACAUCCACUGUUACGACAUCUUCAAGAUGGGUAUCACGGAUGCAACGGUCUUUGAUGGCUUGGACAUCGAACCCGCGACCUUGGUGUCCCUCCGCACGCACAUUGGCCGCCGUCUCGCUGCUCAACCCAUCAAGAUUCGAGCGGAUAUCGAAGUGACGUGCUUUACGUACGAAGGCAUCGAAGCCAUUCGGGAAGCGUUGACCGCCGCGCAAUUGAAAUCGACGGAAGACGUGCCUGUCAAGGUCAAGUUGAUCGCCCCGCCCAUGUACGUGAUGACGACGAACACGUUGGACAAGGUGAAGGGCAUUGCGACGUUGCAUGAAGCGAUCGAGGCGGUCCGCACCAUCAUCACGUCCAAGGGAGGCCAGCUGGUCGUGAAGAUGGAGCCCAAGGUGGUGAGCGUGAACGAAGAGCGCGAGUUCCUGCAGAUGAUUGAAAAGUUGGAGAACGAGAACCGACAAGUGGACGGUGACGAUGACGAAGAAGACUAAAAACGCGCGAAAAGUUGUUGAAUAGACCUGAAUUUUUUAGUCUUUUAUUAUUAUUUGAAUACGGGCAUACAUUUGGCAAGAUAAUUGCACUCGUAUUUUAAUUCC